UACGGCGGUUCUUGAGUUAUGACACGUUGCUGAAGGCUCCGCCUCCCCCCUUGUCCUCACGACAAUUCGAACUCGGGGCCCGGAACCGGGGCCGCUCUGCGCCUCGCCUCGCCUCCUCUUUCCAGCCUCUUCCGGCGACUCUCCCUCCGGACAUCCGGGCACCUUGCCUUUGUGGCCCUCCCUCCUUCCGGGCCUCCAUCCGGUCUCUCCCUCCCCCCUCCCUCGGAAGCGGCGGCGGCGGCGGCGGCAGCGUCUUCUUCGUCUUCGUCGUCCGGGCGAGGCGAUGGCGGCUGUUCGGGGUCUCCGCAUCUCCGCGAAGGCGCCGGAGCCGGAGCCCAUGGAGGUGGAAGAGGGCGAGCUGCUGGUGCUGCAGGCCGGGACCCCGCCCGCAACGGCCGACGCCCCCCGCCCGGCCGGCCCAGCGACCCCCGCCCGGGACGACGACGGGGAGGAAGAGGAGGAGGGAGCAAGAGGAGGAGGAGAAGAAGGAGAAGAGCUCCCGGUGCCGGUGCGGCGCUCGCUGAGGGAGCUGCUGCCGGACACCAGCAGAAGAUAUGAAAACAAAGCUGGGAGCUUCAUCACUGGGAUAGAUGUCACUUCAAAGGAAGCAAUUGAGAAGAAGGAGCAGAGAGCCAAACGCUUUCAUUUUCGUGCAGAGGUGAAUCUUGCCCAGAGAAACGUGGCGUUGGACCGAGACAUGAUGAAGAAAGCCAUCCCGAAAGUUCGGCUGGACACCAUCUACGUUUGUGGUGUUGAUGAAAUGAGCACGCAGGAUAUCUUUGCUUUCUUCAAGGAGUAUCCGCCUGCUCACAUUGAGUGGCUGGAUGACACCUCAUGCAAUGUUGUCUGGCUUGAUGAAGUCACAGCCACCCGAGCACUCAUCAACAUGAGUUCUAUGCCAGAGGAGGAGAAGCCCCAAGAAAACAGCAAGAAGGCAAUGGAUGCAAGCAAGAAAGAGACGCAGGAGGAAAGCUCAGAUGACGAGACAGAGGAGGGUGAGGUAGAAGACGACCAUCCAAGUGAGACAGAGCUGGAGACUCUAUCCCAGGCGGAAGAAGACUCCCUCCUACGCAAUGACCUUCGCCCAGCCAGCAAACUGGUCAAAGGCAACAAGCUCUUCAUGAGAUUUGCUACCAGAGAUGACAAAAAAGAGCUUGGGGCUGCCAGGAGGAGCCAGUAUUACAUGAAAUAUGGGAAUCCAAAUUACGGAGGCAUGAAAGGCAUCCUGAGCAACUCCUGGAAGCGGAGGUACCAUUCGCGCCGACUCCAUCGCGAUGUGAUAAAGAAAAGAACUCUAAUUGGGGAUGAUGUUGGCCUGACACCUCCUUACAAACAUCGCCACUCAGGUUUAGUAAAUGUUCCUGAAGAACCUAUUGAGGAAGAGGAGGAGGAGGAGGAGGAGGAAGAGGAGGAUAUGGAUGAAGAUGACCGGGUGGUUGUGGAAUACAGAGAUGAACUGCAGGCUUUCAAGCAGUCGCGUGAGCGGAGUGCCUCUCGCCGGUCCAGUGCGGCCAGUGAGUCUGACUCUGACGAAAUGGACUAUGAUCUCGAACUAAAGAUGAUCUCCACUCCCUCCCCCAAGAAGAGCAUGAAGAUGACCAUGUAUGCUGAUGAGGUGGAGUCUCAGCUGAAGAGCAUUAGGAACUCGAUGAGAGCAGAUAGUGUUGCAGCCAGCAAUAUCAAAAACAGAAUUGGCAGCAAAGGAACAUCAGAGAAAGUUUCUGAUGUGCGACUGCUCUUGGAAGAAAAAAGGCAUGGAAACCCCAGCCAGCACCAGCCACUGAACUCGGCGAAGUCAGAUGUCCGGCAGAGGCUUGGCAAGAGACCACACUCCCCUGAAGCCCCACAGCCUGGCAGCACCUCUGCAUCUCAUCGGGAGCCUGUUUCUGAUGUGCACAGCCGGCUGGGGAUCCCAAAGCAGGACGGGAAAGGCCUCUACUCGGAUACCAGAGAGAAGAAGCCAGCAAACUUAUGGACACGUUUAGGAUCUGCAGCAAAGAUGCAGGAAAAGGUUCCUGAGAAAGCAGGGAAGUUGGUGGCAUCUCCUGAAGAAGAUGAUUCUGAGCUCCAGCGGGCAUGGGGGGCCCUCAUCAAAGAGAAGGAACAGUCCCGCCAGAAGAAAAGCCGCCUCGAUAACUUGCCCUCGUUACAGAUUGAAAUCAGCAGGGAGAGCAGCUCAGGGUCAGACACAGAAUCGUGACGGCCUGUGUGGUGCCGCCGCCGCCACCUGGUGACUUUGCCGUUGGCCCCAAAGGGAGAGCCAGGCCCGGGUUGACCCAGGAGCCUCUUGCUCUCCGACUGCCUGAUCCCUCUGGCACGAGUUGGUCCUGCUUGGCAGAGGUGAAGUGUGUGUGCAUGUCUGUGCGUGCACGCACUCCCCUAGCGACUUUUGUAGUAGACUUGUAUGUUCUUGAGGCUUCCCACACCCCGUUUUCUUUCCUGGCCGUUCCCUCAAAGGAUAUGGAACUCCCCUGAUGGCUCUCCUUGGUCGUUCUGACCCUGCCAGGGCUGUCUCUGUGGGCCACCGCAAGCCGCCAUUGCCACCUUCUCAUCCUUCACCUCUCAGAUGACCUUGAAUGUAAAUCCAAGCAAAGGCAGCGACAGGCAGUUCUGGCUAUCACCCACCUGAAUUGGCUUUCUGUGUUUUCAGGAUACUUUCCUACUUUAAAUGAAGAUUGAACAGUUGGAAACCUUUGAAAAGGGUACAUAAAAUCCCAAAAGGUGCUUUUUGUUUGUUUUUGAAAGUAACUUCAAAAUUCUUUCCAUCAGUAAUGUUCAAACAAAUUCAGCGAUGGAAAUACUAAUUUUUAUAUAUAUAUAUUUGUGAUUUUUUAUUUUUGCUGUUGGCUACAGUGAAAGCUACCACGGUGGUUUCAUACGUGCAGUUCCAAUUAUAUAUAUAUAUAUGUGAAAAAUACAGUUGUAUGCGUACGUAGGGUUGGGUGGGAUCUCAACCCAAUGCUGCCUGAUGGGAACCUCUCCUGUGCAAGCCCUUUCAAUAUUAUUAUUAUUGGUA